UCCGCCCUAUCGUAACCAUAUAAAGCAACGGUAGUCGAAAGUAAGGCUAAACGAUGUAGGAUCUCGAUUACGAGGCAUUUUCCGCCGUUCGGGCGGAACGGUCCGUAACGUCGGACAUAUCGCCAUUGCUAGCUAAUCGCGAGCAAUUCGCCGCCGCGUUUGAAGAGGAGGCCAACCUCUGCGCUGGGGCUACGCAGAUCCACACCCAUAGCCCGACGUGUGUAAAGUACUCUAUUAACGGGCAAACACGAAGGAAUCAGGACCUGUGCCGGUUUAAGGCGCCGUGGAAAUUGGUAGAGAGGACGGCGUUUACCGAGGAGGGAGUGUUGCAGAUUCGGCGGACGCAUAGCAUGGUGAAUCGAUGGAAUAAGGCGAUCGCGGUAGGGCUGCGUCAUAACCAUGAUAUUUCGUUCAUCGGAACGCAGUGUAAGACCAUGGCUCUCGUCUUUUACCUGACGAACUAUGCAACCAAAGUCGAGGAUCCGGUGUCAAAACGGGUGGCCGCAGCGGCAGAACUCAUCUCGGCUCAUAACGGUGCGACGGCGGAGCGGCAGGAGGGCGCAACGGAUGGCCCGAUAACGGGCAACGGUAGUGAGAACCAAACACGCCAGUUUUUGAUGAGAAUCGCGAACCGGAUCUUCACGGAGCGGCCGUUAUCACAGGUAGAAGUCGUCUCU